UGGUCUCAUUGAAUUUAAAAAUUACUUAUGCCUUUUUUUAUGUACAUAUUAUAUGUUACAGGUUGUAUGCAUAAGGAGACAUCUUUAGUCACUUCCUUGUUGAAGCAUGUACAGAUUUAAGAAUAUACAAACUCAUCAGGAUCCAGAAGAUAAAAUAUAUAACUCCGUCGUGAGUUGAAUUCUAUCUGUCACUGUCAUUACAGUCUAAGGAUUGGCAUCGGAACUCUUCUACAGUAUGACCUAAAAGACUCAUUCGUUAGUGAGAAGCUGGGCCAUCAUUAACGGGCAGAUGUACAUAUCUCAUCCUUGACUUUGGCCUUACUGAGCAAAACUUGAUUGGUAAAAGAUAAUGAAAUACUUGCAGUGUCUUAGCAUCAGAAUUCAGAUAAAAUGUUCAACCCAGCCCAUACAAUUCUUGUAAGCUGAAAAUGUUAAUGAGGCCCAGCUGGUUAUUCGCAUGAUGCUUAUUAUUGGACUCAUUGUAUGAUCUUUCGAUACUAUGUCAUCACAACAACAUAACCCAUGUAGUCCCCAAUCAUUGGGGAUAUGGGUGGGGGAAGAUUGGAGACAGACCUAACCUUAGGCAAUAUGCACAAAGUGUUUCAAUACUAUGUCAUGACGGUGGAAAAUGGUGUCGGAAAUCAGAAUUGUUAUUCUAUCCAUCUAAAUUGGCGAAAGUCUCGGAGGCUCUACCAGCUAAAAUUCCGAAGGUGUAGGAGAGAAGCAAAUGAAAAAUGACUCUCUCUCUCUCUCAUACACCCACACACUCCAUUGUACAUCUGGUUGGCAGUUGUCAGUCAGUCCACGUCAUCGUGACACGUAGACCAAGCUUCAAAACCUCACUCCCUUCGCUUACACGGAAUUUCUGAUUGACUAAACCCCUUAUUUAUAUAUUUAUUCUAGUACAUACUUUACAAACGUGUUGAAUAUAAACUACAACCACCAGGGGUUCUUCGUAGGGAUUUCAUACUUCAUAUUUAAAACUCUCUCUCACCCUCUAUCUCUUGCCCUCUCUCUAAAAUGAGCAGUCUGAGGAUGGUGGAGGCAAAAUUGCCUCCAGGGUUCAGGUUUCAUCCUAGAGAUGAAGAACUCGUCUGUGAUUACUUGAUAAACAAGUAUACAUGUUGUGAAUGCUCUCUCAUGAUCGAAGUUGACCUCAACAAGUGCGAACCUUGGGAUAUUCCGGAACCAGCGUGUGUGGGAGGCAAGGAGUGGUACUUUUACAGUCAGCGUGAUCGGAAGUAUGCAAGUGGGCUGCGAACAAACCGGGCCACAGUAUCUGGCUACUGGAAGGCCACCGGAAAGGACAAGGCAGUAUUUCGGCGGGGUACCCUUGUUGGGAUGAGGAAAACCCUAGUGUUCUACCAAGGUAGGGCACCCAAGGGAAGAAAAACCAACUGGGUCAUGCACGAGUUCCGGCUUGAAGGACCCCUUGCCCCUCCCAAAAUCCCUUCUCUCAAGGGAGAUUGGGUAUUAUGUAGAGUUUGCAACAAAGAUAUAGAAGUUGAUGCCAAGCAAGGCAUGGGAAUUGGCUAUGAUGACACAAGUUCGUUAUCUCUCCCACCAUUAUUGGAUUCAUACAUCACCUUCGACCAAACCAAUAUUUCAAAGGGUCAACAAUACGAACAUGUGCCCUGCUUCUCCAAUAUUUUCACCCCAAACUACCAAACCAACCCAACUUUUUUGGACAUCACCCACGUGGACCCAAUCAAAGUUCCUACACCUACCUUCACCUUUGGUGGUAGGCCAGAAAUAAGCACUUCCUCUUGCGAAAAAGGUGUCAUUAAAUCAGUUCUAAACCAUCUGAACAAGAAAGGAUCACCAAGCUUGGGUGAAGGAAUAAUGUCAGAGAGCUUCUUAUCUGAUGUGGAUCUACCCAUCAUGUGGAAUCAGUAUUGAUUAUGAAACAAUCCCUACUCCCUACAACUAUGAUUGAAUUUGGAUUUGAUUAUAUAGGUUUGGGUUUUCUAGUUUGGGUCUUUUGUAAUGUAUGGUUGUUGAUUUCUUCAUUAGAUUGAUUGUAUGUGGAUCUUCUGUUUCUUUUGUAAAAUGUAUGCCUGCAAUUUUCUUCGGAGGCCUUUUGUCAAGUAAAUGUGAUGAUUUUGUACGGGGAGGUC